GCCGCCGACGCGACGUACAGACCGGUCCGUGCAGUGUCCCUCAGUCGUACUUGUGCGCUUUUUGUGUGUCGGUCACGUGCGGAUUUCGCACAAACGUUUUGAUUUUUUCACAUCGUAUAUCAGUUAUUGUCUCCGCGCAAUAAUCAUUGCACUCACCGCAGUGUUGCGUCUAUACAGUAGAAACAAUAUUGGCACAUAUUUUUUUUUUUUAUAGAGGCUCGCGUCGUUCGUAUUUAUAGUAAUUAUAAAUAUAGUGCCCGAACGACUUCUGGCUCGUCCGAUUUUCGUGGAUUUUAUAUCAUAAUUGUAAUAAUUAAUUUUUUUAUCGUCGUCGAAAUGCCGGUUAUCUUGAAUAGUGAUCCGUUGUCGUACUCGUCACCUAUCAUGAUGUCGACGAUUUAAAUCUAGAGGAAAUUCGUCCACCGUAGUGUCUCAAGACCUCACUCACUACUUACCAGCCGGCUCGACCUACAAAUGACUUUUUGUUGAUCGAUCAUCAGAGAAAACUCACACGCUUGAACAAAAAAUGUUUUUGGAAAACGAACACCAGCCAAUUAUUAGCCAUUCACCGUAUGACCUAGCACGUCCGCUUGAACACCAUCACCAUCAUCACCUCAGCCAUCACGCCGCGUCCAAUCAUCUCCAGUCGGGCACCGAUCACUUGCAAGAAGAUUCGGAAGGCCGGAGUACGGCUAGCUCGCCGACGUCCAGUUACCGCGACCUGUCCGGGUGCGAAGACUUUGAUCUGAAAAUCCCGAAACCGUCUGGUCACGGGUCUGGCACUGGUGGGAAUAACAACAACAAUAACCACAAUAACAACAACAACAAGGAACAAAAACCGAAAAAGCACAAGUGCAAACACUGUGGACUGGAGUGUACGGAAAAGGUGCAGUACUGGAAACACAUUCGCACUCACAUUAAACCUGAACAGUUGCUGGAGUGCCCAAACUGCGAGUUCGCCACCGACCUGAAACACCACUACGAAUACCACCUGCUGAACCACACGGGUGCCAAGCCGUUCACGUGCCCGGACUGCGACUACAAGUGCGUGAGCAAGUCGAUGCUCCAAUCACACCUCAAGUCGCAUUCGAACGUGUUCCAGUUCCAGUGUUACGACUGUGGUUACGCAUCUAAGUACAUGCACAGCCUCAAGCAGCACCUGAAGAAGCGCGACCACCGGCCGGCCACGCCGCUCAACCCAGACGGCACGCCGAACCCCGACAUCGUCAUCGACGUGGUGGGCAACCGACGCGGGCCGCGGCAGAACAAGAAACAAAACCGGCACAACCCGUAUCAGCAACAGCACCAGCAGCCACAGCUCCAGCAGUCUAUGACGGUGUGUUCGUCGCAGGACGACGGCGGCAGCAGUAGCGGCGGACACCCAUCACCGUACUCGAUGCAACAGCUGUUGCAGAUGCCCGCUUCCGGAUGCGCCCAGGUCACAUAUCCGACCUCGGCCGAGUCGUUCAUGUAUUCGAUGAUCACCAAACGCUCCAUAGAGAUGGUUGACUACCAGGCCGCCGAAUACAUGGCCAUCAAGAACAACAACAAUAAUAACAACUCCUCGUCGGUCGACGAUAAGAUGGAAGUGCAACUGCACCACCAACAACCACUACAACACCACCACCACAACAAUCAUCACCAUAAACGCGGCCAACAGUACCAUUCAGAUGACGUGCUGAAAGAAUUGGCUGGGCGUAGCGGUAGUGGCGGUGAACUGACGCCCGAACCACAGGUACCCGUGUUGGCGGUCGCCGAUCUUUCGCCCCCGACCGUCGUUUUGGCCAUCGAGACGGGACCGUUGAACUUAAGCAGAGACUCGGUGGCUCCUCGCGCCGCGGGCAGCAGCCGGCGCAAGGGGAUCGCGUGCAAACUCGAGCGUCCGGCGACCGAAUCGCAGCCUAAGUCGGUGCCGGUGCCGGUGGUGGUUGUUCCGGUGUCGCCUGCGGUACCGAUGGAUUGCAGUAGCGAGUCAAGAGGAAUGGUGGAGGAGACUUUGAUUCCGGUAAAGGAAGAAUAUCAACCGUACCACCACUACCAUCAGCAGCAGCAGCAGACGUCGUCGUCGUCUUCGACGCCCGAAAAAGAAGACAAGGAAGACGAGACGCACGUGUGCCACCACUGCGACAUAAUAUUCAAGGAGAACAUUAUGUACUCGAUGCACAUGGGUUUCCACAGCUUCAGGGACCCGUUUGCGUGCAACCUGUGCGGCGAGAUAACGGCAGAUAAGUUUUCGUUUUUCGCUCACAUAGCGCGCGUGCCGCACAGUUAGGCUGCAAUGAGGAGCUGCACCUACGAAAGAUACGAAAUAAUAAUUGAGUACAAAUUUUAAAACAAUUAACCCUUUAGGUAUGUAAUAUAGGAUUUAUCGUAAGAAAAAAUUAAAACAGAUUAAGAAUAUAAAGUAAUGUUACAUAGGUACUAUAUUAUACACCUCUUUCUUUUUAAUAACUGUAACCCCCCCCCCCCCCAACCUAAGUGCGCAGUUGUUACGCCGCACCCAUGCUUCGUACAAAUGAAAAUCGUUUUUGGCGCAUAGCUAAAAACGAUUUUAAUUUGUAUACCUACACGGCCGGUGUUGUUGGUCGGUUCCGGUUCUUAAACGUUGAUUUCAACUUAUCAACGUUUAAGAGUCGGCGCCGUGUCUUCAAAUCGUGAUUGCGCACAUUUAAUCGUUGAGUAUCGAUUUAAAUAAUAAUAGUUGUUUAGUUGUUUAUCGUUUUAAAUAUUUUUUUCUCGUUAUAUAUUUCUCGGAAAUAAAAUUUUAAUUACCUAUGUUUUAAUUUUCUUUUCGAGUAAUGAAAGCCAUCGUCGAUUUUAGUGAUUUAAAAAUGUUUAACUCGUGUCCUCAUAGUUAAGCACAAAUUAUUAGUUAGUUUGUUACAUGUAAAUUUUAUUAUCCUUUAAAAUAACUUUUUUAACUUUCCAGCUAUCCAAGAUUGAAUUAAUAAUGACAAAUAUUGAAUUUUUUUACGUUUAAAUACCGUAAUACCUCAUCUUCUCCAUUAUUUUUUAUUGUUUGAUCUAGUCGUUAAACUAUUUCUCCUCAUAUACUAUAGUUUAGUAUCGUGUAUACUUAUGCACUUAUGAUAGAUACUAUUAAAAAUAAAAAAAUAAAAAAAAACUAUUGGUUUUUUUGUUUGUUGUGAUAAGGUUGUUUUAUGACGGAAUAAUAUCGUCAAAUUAUAUAAGUAUAAAUUAAAUUAAACUGAUCUGCCGAGUGGGCGUUCUUUUUUUUAGUUUCGUAAAUUGUACAUGUUAAAAGUAAAAAAGUAUAUGAAUUUUAUUGUUGGUGCUUGAAUGUCUUGUAUAAAAAAUCUCAAUCACGGCAUUAAUGGAAGAUCUAGUCAAUCUUACCCUCACGUCUCUCCAAAAUAUGCCCGCUGUAUGGCGCGUGCGCAGGAUUCUACUCGAUGCGAGAUCGGUGAAACUCCGAAAGUCAUCUGUGCGUUUUGUAGUCGCACAGUGUUAGACCCCCGCGCACGCGUCCUUUCACACGCAUCAGGACUAAUUCUUAGAAAUGUAAAAAUAUGUCUGUAAAUAUUAAUUUCAUAAUAUGUAUCGUUAAUGUACUACAUAAUAAUAAUUAUAAUAUUAUAUUUUAAUGUAAACGCAUCAACAAUGAUAUAACACUAAUUGUUAUAUAACCAAUAAUAUUAUUAAUUAUAUCUAAAUUUUUGUCAUUUUUUUAAUUAGAUUGUUCGUAAUCUCAACCCUCUCCUCCCUCAUACUGUGAUUUUAAUUAAGACUAAAAAUAUCUUGAAAAUGCCGUCUUGGAUUGUAAUAACUAAUUGUAACAAACCAUCAUAUAUUAUGUAAUAAUUAAUACACAUCUUUUACGAGAUUGCUCCUUCGCGCUCGUGUAACUAUAAAACAAUAUAUAUAUAUAUAUAUAAUAUACCGCGUGGUGAAGAGGCCUAAAGUCUGAUCUCUGUAUAGCAAUCUAACAUUUUUGUCACUUCGGUCGUCUUAUUUUAUGUGACAUAUUAUAUAUAUAUAUAUAUUCAAUAGGUAUACAGUUUAUUAUAUUAUUAUGUAUAGGUACUCUUAUAAUGAAUUGUUUUACUGUGUAAAUAAAUAUCUCUAUGCAAACAUAGGUGAACUUGAAAGGUUUUUUUUUUGUAUUAUUUUAUUUAGAUUAUCUAAUUUUAUUUAUAGUUGAAAAAUACUACAUGUACUAUGUAUAAUAAAAAUAUUAUGUGCCAAAAAGUUUAAUAAUUAUCAUACUUAUCAUAUAAUAUUUGUUUGAAGAGAAUAAACGUGUUUACGUUUACCAA